CAAGUGUUAGUCACAAGCUUUCUUUUGCACGCUUGUAGCACUCAAUAUCACGUUUCAGUUAAAAGAUAUAAUUAAUGCAAAAGUGUUAAAAAAGGUAUUUUUUGCAUACAUAUAUGUGUGCGAUUUUUCAGAAUCCUAAUGUACUAGGCAAUUUUUAAGGCCAGAUUUGUAAUUAGCGCUAAAAAAACUACUAGAAACUAUUCUUCUCAUUUCCGUACCUGGCACGUGUCGACUAGUGUUAGUAAUAUAUAAGUAAGAAAGAAUUCAGAUAAAUAAAUUGUUUUAUAAUUGUACAGAAUACUCCGAUAAAUUGCUGGAAUAUAUAUUAGUUAUCUCUUUUCACAUCAACUUGUUUGUCUACAAAAAUAUGCAAACGUUCGGAAAUUCAAAAUAUGUGUUUUGAACAACUUCAUUAAUUGAAAAAUAUAAAUUUCAAUCAAAAAUGUACGCAUUUUAAACAGAAAAAAUAAUUGCUCUCGGCUAGAAACGAAAGAAAGCAUAUUCUUGACGAGUAGAAUAGAGGCAAGAAGUAAUGAUAAAACCUUAGAAAUAAGUCGAUAGAUCGGUAUGUAAUGAUUAUCCGCUGUUGUCGUCGUAUAAUAAAUGAAACAGGGUCAAGUCGAUCCAUUAGACGGCUUCUUCGAUGUUACAUCACACUCAACACUCGAUAACUUCUGCGAGUCAUUGCAUAUUGAGAUGUAUUAUAUUCAUAUUGUACAUAAAUGUACAUAAACCUUUAUUGCGCAAAUUUUGUCCAAUCCGAAUCAAAAUUUUUAUUAUGUUUAUGCAUAAACAUGCUAAAAAUUUAGAUUCGACAAAACUUGUGCAAUACAAGACACAGAUGAUUUAUAUACAAUUUUUUAUUCAUUUACGUAAAAAGAGAUAGAUUUUCAGAAUGUCGACAAAAAUAGAUCGAUUGUUUAAGAAUUCAAAGCGUAAUAUCUUUUUGUGUGUAUGUGUGUGAGCACGCGCGCGCGCGUGAUACUUUAUAAUCUAAUAAAAUCUGAUCAUAAUUCUCCGAAACAAUCAUUCUCUCAAGAUUCAAAUCUGGUUUCUUGAGUAUGAAACUUAUAUGUAUCAAAAGAACAAACAGAGCACAUUAUGUUUGCCGAGGAAAAGAUUGAGAGCCUGUGACAUUGUAAUGCGUUCUAUUAAAAUAAAGGCGUGUCUUCUUUUAUAGAACAAAUAAAAGAUAAACUUGCGUCUAUUCGCAAAACAAAAUUACUUAAAGCAGCCGUAAUUUUCUUCUUUUCUCUUGCUAUUCCUAUUUAACUCGCAUUACAUAUAAUUAUCUCGUUGGGAAAAAUGUUCUAGCAGCUUUCUCAAUUUUAUAUUUCUUAUUCGUAUUUUAUAGAACAAUAUUUCUGAUCACACCAUGAAAAGAAGAAUUUUCUACGACAAAGAUUUUUAUUGAAGCUGAAAGUACAAGAGACACACAAUUUUCAUGCGUCAAAAAAUAUACUUCCAUUAGCUGUGUUUUUCAAAGCUCUGUAUGGGAUAAAAGAUCAAACCGCAACACACAAAAGAGAUGUACGAAAGAUAACACUCAUCAAAGGCUAUACGCAAAACUAUAAAUUUUGAGAAACAAUGUUAUUUAUAAAAAAAAACACUGAGAAAUUUAUUAUUUUAAAUAAAUAGUGCAAAAAUAAGCAGUCAAGCGUAACGGACAUGCGUUCUGUUGCGCACAUGUGUAAUGUUCUCGUAAUAUAAUUUCGUAUUUAUUAGUUCCUGGACCUCGAUUCUUGAACAUUUUGCGUAUACUAAAGUCUAUAGUACAUGUGACAUUAACAGUAGAGUUUCGUAUACGAAAGUUUUUCAAGAAUUAGGGCCCUGGUCAAACGUGAAGAGCUAAACAUUCUCAGGAUUACGUUCCAAAAUCCUACCUUGGUAACCAAAAACUAUAGUACACGUGAUGUGAAAUAUAGUAUUUUAGUAACCAAGGUAGGAUUUUAGAACGUAACCUAGCCUAGCCUUAGCCAUAACUCAGCAGAUCAAGGCCUUGGAGCUUGCGCAUUGGCUUGCUGAUUUUGUCAGCAUGCAGUAUAAAGGUGGGUGAGCUUUUUUUCCAUACUUGUGAUAUACGGCGAGAUACGUGUUUAUCCACGGUGAAGUGUGCUGCAGGCGAUACAGAAAUAACCAAGCGGGAAAAUACGCGUGUUUAGUCGCGUCAUACGUCGGGAAAGACAAAAGAGAGUCGAAGAGAGAACCGAUCGACUGUUGUAUCUUGUAUUGAUUCCGAACACGCAAUUCCUGGGCGAAGUUCAUCAUUUUGCGGAAGACACAUCCUGUCUAUGUAAAUGUUUUCAGUUUUUGCAAAUACAAUCAAAAAAUGUCCAAAGCUCUUGUCAAAGUUUAAGAGAAUUACAAGGAUAAGACUAGGAACAUGUAAUGCGCUGGAAAUAAACGUGUGACGAUCGGAGAUGCGCCUAGGAAUAAGUGGGAGAACACCCCCAUUUACGAUUUCUAUCAAAGUUCCAUUUUUCUUGUCUAUUUGCGAGACAAUGGCCAAGGUCUCGUCGGUCGUAAUUUCCUGAUGAUGCAAUUGCUGCAAAAUAUGAGCGCCCACAAUAUGAUGGCAAGCAUAGGUCGUACCUUGGGCAAAAGCGACAAUAAAUUGUCUACCACCAACGAGGUCCGUUUCGCAGGCGAUGGUCGAAAAGACAAACUCUACGAACCGAAGCACAAGCAGAAGUUGGUGCGAGUGCUAACGGUGAUCGCGUACGUCAUAUUCGUCAGCUUAGCCGCCAUACUUUUAUCCCUGUACUAUACUUUUGUGUGGAAUCCGAAGGACCAAGCAGUCAGAAAGAGAAUCGACAAGCCGGAAUGUCCCAAACCAUCUCUCGACUUCCUCACGAUUCCACCGAUCUUUAACGAAACGCAGAUUGAAAGAAUAAUUGCGAGAUCUAUGAUGAUAGAUAAUAAACAGCCGAAUAAGGAUUUAUUAACAACACAACGACAGAAAGAAAUUUCGACGGAAACCACAGACAUCGAGGAAACGUCCGUGGAACUCACGCCGGUGUCGACAGCACGAGAUUAUCAUAAUAAUUUCACUAGCGUCGCAAAUGAUGCCGUUGGCGACGUCACAUAAAUAAAACUUUUCAAUUAAGUAUUAAGAUUGAUACAAGCCAAUGCCGCAUAUAUAAUUAUAUAUGUGUAUGUUUCCAAUUAUGUGUGUAUAUAUUUAUUUUCUUUCUUUUAACAUG